AUGGCUACAGUCCUUACAUCGUCCGCUAUGCGUGCGUCUCUGCUUCGUCUCCCUCCACCUCUGCGAACAGCGACCGUCCAACGAUCAUUCUCCACAACUCGGCCCAGACAGUCGACGCUAGUCGACAUCGUUGUAGCUCCUCCCACAUACCUCCUGAACGCCCUCCACUCCACCGGUCUCCCAUGGUAUGCUGUCUUACCCACCUCGGCAAUUAUCGUUCGCGGCCUCAUAACCUACUAUAUCACCACCCUCCCCAACCAGAAAGCCACCCAAAUCCAAUCGAACCUCCAACCCAUCAUUGCGGCGAAUGUUAUACUCACAAGCAACGACCCAGACCGUCGACGGGCGCACAAAGAGAUGAAGUCCCCUAGUUUAAAGAGACUGGAGGAUUCCUUGUUCAAACUCGGCACCGCGUUCAAGCUUACGCGUCAGUUGAGCAAGCAAUUCGGUGCUUCAGGGAGGAGGUUGAGAGAACUGGCGAACUUUGCAAUGUUGAUCGCUAUGACUGAGGCAAUCAGAAUGAAGUGUGGGAGUCGAGAAGGGCUGCUAUCAUUACUGUUGACGCCCUUCCAGUGGGUAGAGACAGCGAUUCGCGACAGUGUCGCUACUACUACCAGCGGAAGAGCGCAAGGGAUGUUGACAUCGGCCGAAAUGGCAGCUCUAAACCCCAAUCCUGCUUUCCAACGCUCGCGUGACGAAUUGAUGGCCGAGAGGCUGGAACAAAUAAUGACUCUCGACGGCAAUGGCAACCCGGUCUACGAUUUUUCCUCUUUACCUCCGCCAGCUCCCCCGGACUUAGUCUAUGCUCCUUACACGGACCUCAGCAUGCAAAGUGAAGGUCUAGGCUGGAUUACCGACCUCAGUGCUCCCGACCCCACGCUCACGCUUCCAGUCCUAAUGUGGCUUGCUCUCUCGCUGAACGUCAUCCUACGACCUACAGUAGGCGAUACAUCCAAAGCGCCUCUGCCAAGAGAAUCGAACGUACUCGCUCCGACCGAGUCGAAGUCUGAGAAGAUGACCGAAGCUCAAGCUGUGCUCUCAACUCCAAAACAUGGCGCCAAUGCCCGCAAGAACUUCCUCGGCAUCUUCCCACCUGUUACGAACCUUCAGAGGAUAGGUUUAUGCAUUAGCAUGGCAUUUGGCUUUGCGAGUAUGAGGUUUCCCGCAGGCAUAUUGCUGUACAUGUUUUCCAGUCUAGUGGUUGGUUGGUUACAGACCCGGUGGUUGGCUGUAAGAUAUCCCAUAAGACCAUCAAUCAAGCCUUGCCUGCGGCCCUUAAGAUUGAGGGUCAAAAGGCAGUGGAAUGACUGA